CGCAUCUUCUUCCUCUGGAGCCCUCACGAAAUUUAAAAGAAGAAAUUAAAAGAGGAAAACAAAAAAAGCUCAUCUCACUGAAGCUCCCAGAGAAGAAAAGGAAAAGCCCUAGAAAUCUAGAACCUCUCUCCCCUCUCGUCUCUUUCCAGUUUGUUUCGAUCUCUCAUCAUCGAAAAUGUCUGUGCGAGUUCUGAAUCCUAAUGCGGAGGUGCUCAACAAAUCGGCCGCGCUUCAUAUGACCAUCAACGCCGCUAAGGGUUUACAGGAUGUACUCAAGUCCAAUCUCGGUCCUAAGGGAACUAUCAAGAUGCUUGUUGGUGGUUCCGGGGAUAUCAAGCUUACCAAGGAUGGCAACACGCUUUUAAAAGAAAUGCAAAUUCAAAAUCCAACUGCCAUUAUGAUUGCGAGGACAGCUGUUGCACAGGAUGACAUAAGUGGUGAUGGUACUACUUGCACUGUCAUCUUCAUUGGUGAGCUUAUGAAACAGUCGGAGCGUUGCAUCGAUGAAGGAAUGCAUCCACGUGUCUUAGUUGAUGGUUUCGAGAUUGCUAAAAGAGCUACUCUCCAAUUUCUCGACACUUUCAAGACCCCUGUGGUUAUGGGUGAUGAACCUGACAAUGAGAUCCUGAAAAUGGUUGCCAGGACAACGUUAAGAACAAAGUUGUAUGAAGGCUUAGCUGAUCAACUGACUGAUAUUGUUGUUAAUUCGGUUCUCUGCAUUCGGAAGCCUGAAGAACCUAUUGAUCUGUUUAUGGUUGAGAUUAUGCACAUGCGCCAUAAAUUCGAUGUUGACACACGAUUGGUUGAGGGGCUUGUUCUUGAUCAUGGUUCAAGACACCCUGACAUGAAGCGACGUGCGGAAAAUUGUCACAUCCUGACUUGCAAUGUGUCACUAGAGUAUGAGAAGAGUGAAAUUAAUGCAGGAUUUUUCUACUCGAAUGCGGAACAGAGGGAAGCCAUGGUUACUGCUGAGAGACGUUCUGUUGAUGAAAGAGUUCAGAAAAUUAUUGAGCUGAAGAACAAGGUUUGUGCUGGUAAUGAUAACAGCUUUGUAAUCAUAAAUCAAAAGGGUAUUGAUCCUCCGUCAUUGGAUCUUCUUGCUCGAGAAGGGAUAAUCGCCCUUAGAAGAGCAAAGAGGAGGAACAUGGAACGUUUGGUUUUGGCAUGUGGUGGAGAAGCUGUGAACUCCGUUGAUGACUUGACCCCUGAGUCUCUUGGUUGGGCUGGACUUGUUUAUGAGCAUGUUCUUGGAGAGGAAAAGUAUACAUUUGUCGAGCAAGUGAAGAAUCCUCAUUCAUGUACUAUCCUCAUAAAAGGGCCUAACGACCACACUAUUGCUCAAAUUAAGGACGCUGUCCGUGAUGGUUUAAGAUCAGUUAAGAAUACCUUAGAAGAUGAGUGUGUCGUAUUAGGAGCUGGAGCUUUUGAAGUUGCAGCGAGACAACACUUAAUCAAUGAAGUCAAGAAAACCGUUCAAGGGCGUGCUCAACUUGGUGUUGAAGCUUUUGCCAACGCCCUUCUCGUGGUACCCAAGACACUCGCCGAAAAUGCUGGGCUUGACACUCAAGACGUUAUCAUUUCUCUAACGAGUGAGCAUGACAAAGGAAACGUUGUAGGACUAAACCUACAGGAUGGAGAACCCAUAGACCCUCUGCUUGCUGGAAUUUUCGACAAUUACUCAGUGAAACGCCAACUUAUCAAUUCAGGGCCGGUCAUUGCUUCGCAGUUGCUAUUAGUGGAUGAAGUGAUUCGUGCAGGAAGAAAUAUGAGGAAGCCUACUUAAAAAAAGACUGGUCUCUUUGUUUUAAAUUUUUUUACUUUCUAGUUUCUACUUGUUUUAGUUCUUCUUUUCCUUUCGUGUUUUGAGCAUUAGUAUAUGAAAUAUUAUUUCCUUCAGUGUUUUGUUUGUCAUUAGAUAAUUUUGGAUCUAACUUUUUGUAUCACAAUAACCUGAUGUAUAUCUUGAGAGUGGUUGGUUUCUAAGGACUAAUAUACUCUUGUUUGUAGUAGGCA